GCCUUAAGUGUUUAUCAGUUUAAGAAAUUCAGAAUGAGUUAGGCCGUUGAGUCACAUGAGAACCCGAGUGCUUUCGUGGGUUUCAAUACAUACAUUCAAAUGAAUUUUGGCUAUCGCUGCUCAGUAAUUUUUCAGCAUUUUUUAACUUGAAAGCUUAGUUUUAAUUUUGGCACAGGGCAGAGCGGUUGGCUUAAGGAAGUAUCCGGGCUUAUAUAUACAGAAAUAUACCAUUUGCAAAUAUGCCUAAGUUUCAACUGAUUGUUGCUUGCCUGAUAUUGUGCGCUUUUAGCGACGUGAUUGGAAACGUUGUGAAGGAUAAUUACGAAACUGAUCCGACAGGUAAAAACACUGAUACAAGCGGAGUUACCCCAUCAACUAUGGAUUCAACUUCGGAUUCAUCUCCGGUUUCAUCUACGGACAAAAGCACGGAGGAAAGUACUGAUGAAAGUACUGAUAAAAGUACUGAUAAAAGUACAAAUAGAAAAACGGAUGCCAGUACGGAUAAAAGUACUGAAGGAAGCAAGGACGAAAUUAUGGUUAAAAGUAGUGAUGAAGGUACAAAAGGAAGUCCGAAUAAAAGUACUGACAGCACCGUAAGUACGACUGACUCCUUUCUGGACUCGGUCACAACGCAGAAAACAAUUGAAAGAGCCGCUGUGUCUUAUAAUAAUUCAGAUGGAUGGAACACGUUCCUUCAUUGGAUGUUCAGCAUUCUAAUUGCCUUGGCUAUCUUAGCAGCGGCCUUAUACUGCAUAAGGCGGCGUCGAGGGUCAUAUUCUGUCAAAGACCAAUGUGACAUUACCGUAAUAGAAUAUAAUAAUCGCAAAUAGACCUGCACCCCAAGAAAUAAUUUAAAAAUGAAAAAUUACACUUUUCUUCUAAGUAAUACGUAUUUCAAAACUAUAUUUCAUGUUUGCAAAUUUUAACAUGCCUACUCCCAAAUGCAAUAUACAAAUUUAAUUAUCCAUUUGUGUUAAAUCACUUGUUUAUGAGUCAUGGUAUUAUGUUUUUUUGAUAAUAGCUAAAAUGUUGUUAUCUUGAAUGGCACCGGUUGAGGGCCUUACAAAUAAAAGCUUGCACUGUUUUUGUA